UCGUAGCUUUCAACACGUUACGAUGAAACCAAUGAGCCAUUUUGUUAAUAGAAUUCAACGAGUACUUAAAUGGAAUUUAUUCGGUUUGACAGAUAAGGGAAACCAAAGUAAAGCAGACAGCACAACACAACUACAUAUGGGUGAACUUACAGGAUUAACAAACUGUGAAGUACGUGAACUUUGUAAGAAACCUGAUCCAGCAACAAAUGGUUAUAUAAUGCAACAAACAAUGUAUCGUAUUAAAGAUCCAAGAAAGUCGUUACCAUUUUAUACCGAAGUACUUGGUAUGCAGUUGUUACAGAAACUUGAUUUUCCUGAAAUGAAAUUCUCUUUGUAUUUUUUGGGAUAUGAAGAUCCAAAAGAUAUGCCUACUGAUAAAAGAGAAAGUAUUGAAUGGACAUUUAGUCGCAAAGCUACUAUAGAACUUACUCAUAACUGGGGAACAGAAACUGAUCCUGAUCCUAAAUAUCAUAAUGGAAAUACUGAGCCUCGAGGAUUUGGUCAUAUUGGAAUCACAGUACCUGAUGUAGAAAAAGCAUGUGAAAGGUUUGAAAAAUUAAAUGUGGAAUUUGUAAAGAAACCUAAUGAUGGUCAUAUAAAAGGAAUUGCCUUUAUUAAAGAUCCAGAUGGUUAUUGGAUUGAAAUUUUAAAUCCAGUAAGCAUUGCAAAUAUAGCAUCAAUCCAUAUGAUAGAAGAUAAAAAAUAUGAAAUUGACAGUCGAAUUGAGUGUGAUGGUCAUCAAGGUACAUUAAAAUAUGUUGGACCUGUAGGUGAAACCAAAGGUCUGUGGCUUGGUAUAGAUUGGGAUGAUCCAACUCGUGGGAAACAUAAUGGUACAUAUGAAGGAGUAAAAUAUUUUAAAACUAGGCACCCUACAUCAGGUUCAUUUAUACGCCCAGGUAAAGCAAAAUUUGGAAUCUCUUGUCCUGAAGCUAUUAAGAUUCGCUAUGGUCUCAUCAAUGAUGAACUAGCGGGUAUAGACAGAGACACAUUAGCAAGUUUACAAAAGGAAAUCAAUGCUCCUUUUCUGGAAGUUGUUGGCUUUUCCAAAGUAAAUAGGAAACAAAGCAAAUUUGAUCAAUUAAAACUAAUUUGGCUGAGAGAACAAUGUGUUAGUAAUGCUGGUAAUCCUGGUGAAUUAACAGAGUUGUGCCCAAGUUUAGAAGAAUUAGAUAUAUCUAAAAAUUUAAUAAAUAGUUGGCAAGUUGUAGCAGACAUUUGUUGUCAGCUUCAUUGCCUUAUUCACCUUAAUGUCAGUGAGAAUUAUUUACCAACUGAAGAAAAUAUGGAAAUACAAAGAGAUUCAUUUUUUAUGGUUAAACAAUUAACCAUAGCAAGAAUGAACUAUAAUUGGUUUGAUAUUCAAAGAUGUAUGCAUAUUUUUCCAUCACUUAAAGAAAUUUCUGUUUCUUUUAAUAUUGUCAACAUCAUACAGAAGCCAUUAGAAGAGGAUAAUUUAAUGAAACUAUGUAAAUUAACUCUUGAAGGAAAUUUGAUAUGCAGUUGGGAUGAAAUUCUUAAAUUGGGUGCACUUCCAUGCUUAGAAUACCUUAAUUUAAAUUCAAAUAAAAUAGGGAAAAUAAGAUUUCCAUCUGUUGAACCAACAGCAAAAACUUCAGCCUUUUUUAAUUUGCAACAAUUACAUUUAUCACAUAAUAACAUAUCAGAGUGGCAAUCUGUAUCAGAAUUAGAAAAACUUAAUAAAUUAGAAGAUCUGAAAUUUAGAGAAAAUCCAAUUUUGAAAAAUGAAAAUUUGGAGACUGUUCGUCAAUUAGUAAUAGCAAGAAUUUCGAAAUUACGAUCAUUAAAUGGUACUGAAAUUUUGCAUGGUGAAAGACGAGGUGCUGAAUUUGAUUAUUUAAAGUUAUAUUUAUCAAAGUGGACUGAAACUGAAAAUGAUUCCGUAAAGAGAAAUAAAUUUAUAAUUGAACAUCCUCGAUACCCGACAUUGGUUGCAAGAUAUGGAAUUUCAGAUAUUCCCUCAUCUAGAGCAAAAGUAGAAAUGAUUUCUAACGUCAUAACUGUAGAGUUUGUAUGUCCAGAUCAUCCAAAUCAGCCUAGAGGUAUCAAAAGAAAACUUCUGAAAGAUAUGGAAGUUCAAAAAGUUGUUGGACUUGCACAACGGCUUUUUAGAACUGGAGGAAAGAUACCAAUCCUCUCAUUUAUACAACAAAAUCUUUCUAAGGAUGAAAUUCCUUUGGAUAAACCUCUUCAGGAACUCAGCUAUUAUUCAAUACAAGAUGGAGACCAAGUUAUUGUAAGGUGGUGA